GCUCGACAAAACGUCUGCUCGAAAAAGGCAGAAAGAAAAAGCACCUGAAAUUGGAAGAAACUCGACGCGAUUAUGGAGCACAAUUCGAUAUUAGCGUGGACUCUGACUUUCUCUCUGUGUGGAUUAACUUGUUCUUACGUUUCUGAGCAGAGACUUUCCAUGUGGAUAGAUGAAAAUGUAAUUGAAGAGUUUUUUGAUAUUCCCAUGGACAUAUACAUCAUCCAAGAUGGUCAAGUUAUUCCGUUUUUGAAAAAUCCAAAAUUCUUUGAUCAGCUUCCGCCCAUUCCUGCCCGAGUGGAACGGAUACGACUGACAUGGCAAGCAGGCCGUUCAACGUACUGGUAUUAUUUCGCCGAGCUUCUUUCGAUGGACACAAUGAUGUUAUAUGAUCCGUUAUUGAGUAUCCCCGUCAGUGGCCUCAUCUCAGGGGAGCAAGCUAGUUUUGAAGUUGCCAUUCCAUGUACAGGGCGAAAAAAGGGCAUCGCCAGCCUGCAUAUAAAACUACAUAUCACAGAUGCCUGGGCUAAGCCGAUAGAUGGCUCACCUCUACAGCUCAGAAUGAGGAAAGAAUGCGCCGUCCAUGGAAAUUUAGUCAAAAAAGAGAGUUUGUACCUGAGCUGUGAUUCCAAGUGUGAAAAUGGCGGCCGAUGCAAUGAACACGGCGACUGCGAGUGUCGCCAAGGGUACCACGGAAGCUUCUGUGAAUUAGCGUUAUGUGAACCGAGAUGUAUGAACAAUGGGCAGUGUAUAUCACCUGGAGUCUGCGCAUGCCCGGACGGUUACACCGGAAACACGUGUGAAAUAGCGAGAUUUACGUGUCGGCCAACCUGCCUCAACAAUGGUGUAUGUAUUGGAUAUAAUCAAUGUAAAUGCCAAGAUGGCUACAUAGGACACACGUGUCACAUACCCGUGUGCCGCAAGAUAUGUGGUCCACACGGGCGCUGCGUGGAGGCUGACCUCUGCCACUGCGACUUCGGCUGGCACGGCAACGACUGCACGAAACGUAAGUCCCAGGUCAAAGCCACUGGGGUCAAGGCCGCCGCGUUGAAGGUCAAGGCCAAAGACAGGAAGCAAACGAAAAAACUUAACCUGGAUAAAAAGCGCCGUCGUAAGCGCGGAAAACGUGGUCACAAGAGUCAAGCUUCGCGGAUCCGGCGGAAGUUACGGCGGAUGAAACGGGAGCGACGAAAACAGAAACGGGAACAAGAGGCCGCACUGGCCGCCGCGAAAAAGAAGGACUAAAAGAUGACGUCACUACCUGGGUCACGUGGUGACUCGGUACUCGGGUGCGGCUGAACAGAGUUCGGUAUAAACGACGGCGCAUACUUAACUUUUUGGGACUAUUUGUGGCCGAAUGUGACUUUGCAGCGCGAGGAUUUUACCUUUUUCGUGAUAACAGAAUGGUAUUUUACUGAUGCGAGAGUAUGGUCUUGAAAUGUAAAGCCUGGAGAAAUGGGGACAUUUAAUAAGAGUCGUGCGCGUCUGUCUUCAGCAUGGAUUAUGUAAUACAGAUGAUGCCAAAACGUCUAAAUGGAUUUCAAUAUUAUACAUACAUGUGUAUGACUGCAUGUAUGGACGUAUCAGAAAUUAGGUCAGGCGGCCUCCAUGUGGGGCUCAUUGCCACUCGAUGUACAUAGUGUAAAAAGCAAUGUUAAUCAUUUAUCUGAAGAUUUUCCUGUGAAAUAUUGGUUAUCUAUUGUGACAAGGUUUCCUUGUCUUGCGUUCGCUUUCCAAGAACUUUUCAGCGAGGUGCACCUAAAAUGAAAUAUUAUGUAAAUAUAUACAUGUUUUUCUGCUGGUACCGUAAUCGGCAUCAUUUAAUAUUGAGAAAGGAACAUUUAAUAUGAGAUGAGGAAUACAUGAAUAAAAUAUUA